GUGUGACAAUUCAUCAGGACUACACAGUUUCUUUUAAUUCUGUUCUAAAUAACUUUCAUUAAGACUUCGUUAUAAAUAAAUAACAUUUAUCGCAAGCGGUUAGAAAGUAUAUAUAUAUUAUAGAGGAAGAUGCAUGUAUACUACAAAUCUCAUAGUGAUUUUCUGUUCAUCUCAAACAAUUGUAUCGAUAAGUUCAGACGAAAGCCAUGAGAUACAAUAUCACGUCACUUCCUGUCAACGCGUUGUCGUCAUGAUAUUAAGUUGAGAGAAACAUUAGCGGAGCAUUGACUAUUGUAUGACUGGUUGAUUAUGUCACUCAAAUCCAGUGUUCCACUUCUUAAUAAAGGAGAUUCAUGGGACCUUUUCUGUAUAGCAUCAUGUCCUACUGUUGUCCAGUGCCCAACUGUAAUUGCUAUGGUAGGUCUUCCUGCUCGUGGCAAGACUUAUAUUUCAAAGAAACUUACUCGUUACCUAAAUUGGAUUGGAAUUAAAACAAAAGUUUUCAAUGUUGGUGAAUAUAGGAGAGCAGCUACAGAUAAAUAUAAAAGCCAUGACUUUUUUAGACCUGACAAUAAGGAGGCUCUCGAAAUAAGACAUAAAUGUGCUCUGUUAGCUAUUGAAGAUGCUCGUGCUUAUCUCUCGAGUGGUGGUGAAGUUGCUGUUGUUGAUGCUACAAAUACAGCCAGAGAGAGGCGAAAGUUAUUGGUGGAUUUCUUUACUGUACAAAAUAAUUUCAAACUGUUUUUUGUGGAAUCACUCUGUGAUGAUCCAUCUAUAAUUGAAGCAAAUAUCUUGGAAGUCAAGAUUUGCAGCCCUGACUACAUAGGAAUGGAUAAAAAUGAAGCAGUAGGUGACUUUUUGCAACGGAUCAAGCACUAUGAUCAGACGUAUGAAAAAUUAGACUAUGUUCAUGAUCGCAACAUGUCUUUUAUCCAGAUAUUUAAUCAAGGGGAGCGGUUUUUAGUAAAUAAAUUAGCAGGACAUCUCCAAAGCCGUGUUGUAUACUACCUCAUGAAUAUUCAUGUCCUUCCAAGAACAAUUUACCUCACUAGGCAUGGAGAAAGUUUGAUGAACCUGGAAGGGAAGAUUGGUGGUGAUAGCGAUCUCUCUGAUCGUGGAUGGCAGUAUGCUAGAUCAUUAUCUGAGUUUGUGAAAAACGAAAAUAUCCAAGAUCUUAAGGUAUGGACAAGUGAAAUGAAAAGGACAAAGCAAACUGCUCAGUAUAUUGAUAGUCCUACAGAGCAUUGGAAAACUUUAAAUGAAAUUGAUGCUGGCAUCUGUGAAGGCAUGACAUACGAAGAAAUUCAUGACAAGCAUCCAGAUGAAUUUGCCCUCAGAGAUCAAGACAAAUUCCAUUACAGAUAUCCCGGUGGUGAAUCUUACCAAGAUUUAGUUGCACGGUUAGAACCUGUUAUUAUGGAGCUUGAACGACAAGAAAACGUUAUGGUAAUUUGUCACCAAGCAGUUGCCAGAUGUCUACUUGCAUACUUCCAAGACAAAAAUUCUGAAAGUCGUAAUGAAAUAAAUGUCAUUUUCUUUCAAAGUAAUAGUUCAUCUUAUCACUGA